AUGAAGUUCUCCACUACUUUCGCAUUGUUGAGCAUGGCUACGUCCAUCUUUGCCCGACCAACUACUUGGGACCCAAAUCAGGCACCAGCCGAAAUAGCUCCUCCUUUUGCACCAUUAAUGGCCACACCUGGUCCAUUCGUUUCGGAUAUCACCAAAGAGCACAGAGACGCGGAGGUAUCAAAAGUCCCCGAGCAUCUUGAACGUCGUGGAGACUUCCUGGACAUUGCGUUGGGAAUAGCUAUGCUCAUCGAGGAUCUUCUCCCGGGCAUCUCCUUUCCCGAUUUCAGUGAUGACCCGAAAUGA